AUGCUUAAUUUGUUUGCCACGUGGACAAUCCCGCACAAUGUAACAAGUUACCAAAAAGAAAAAAAGACAGAAAACAAGAAACCCGUUUCUUUCUGGUUCGGAUUGACGUCUUCAUUUACUCCAAAGAAACCACCUCCCGCCGCCGAACAACCGCAAUCUCAACCUCCACCACCGGUUUUUGUCUUGGUACUGCUUAUGUCGACGGAACAAGAAAUUCUUCACUCGGAGUCCGACGCUGUUGAUGACUGUAAGGCGUCGAGGGUUGAGGUCGGAAUGUCUGAACUCCCAGCUGACCCCUUGAGUGGUCAAGAUCAAGGCUUAGCUGCUUCUUCAGCUGGUGGUGAUCUUGGAAUUACCAAGGAAAAAGAAUCUGUAAAUGGAGGGUUAGAUCUGGACUUAGAAACUCAAAACGAUGUAGAUGUCAAGACUAAUAAGGAAGUCUCAGUUAAUGGUGAAAAAGAUUCUGGUGGGAUCCAAACAGAGCUUCUGGUUGAAAAGGAAGUGGAGGGUUCUGAUGGCUCAGUAAAGAAAGGAAGAAAAGGUGAGAAUUUGGAUGAUAUGGAGUGUUUUAUGGGUUUAGAGCCACAUGAGAGCAAGGAUGAGAGUGCUUUGGAGAAUGAAAAUGAUGCUCCUGUAACUUUGAAAGCGAAGCUCUCUGACUCGGAUUUGGUUUGGGCUAAAGUAAGGAGCCAUCCCUGGUGGCCUGGACAGGUUUUUGACGCCUCUGCUGCUACAGACAAGGCCAAGAAGCACUUCAAGAAAGGAAGCUUUUUAGUAACAUAUUUUGGAGACUGCUCCUUUGCUUGGAAUGAUGCAUCAAAGAUUAAGCCUUUCCGACAGCAUUUCUCUCAGUUGGCAAAGCAGAGUAGCUUACCUGAUUUUGUUGAUGCGGUUGAUUUUUCUUUAGAGGAGGUGUCAAGAAGGAUAGAGUUUGGUUUAGCUUGUUCUUGUAUCUCAGAGGAAGUCUAUGAGAAGGUCAAGACUCAGAAGAUAAUCAAUCCUGGAAUUAGAGAAGAUUCAAGUAGGAUACAAGGGGGAGACAAGGUCUCAAGUGCAGUCUUCUUUGAACCUAAAAACCUUGUGAGCUAUGUGAAGCGUCUAGCUUGCUCCCCUAAGUAUGAUGCUUCUGAUGAGUUGGAGUUUGUAAGUCAGAGAGCUAGGUUAUUGGCGUUUAGUCGAUGGAAAGGAUACACUGAGCUCCCUGAGUUUGAGACACUUAAGGGAUCAGUAGAGUCUGCACCCAAGGUUUCUCGUACAGAAAAGGAAAGUAGGUUGUCUGAAGUGAAAAAGUCUGCUCCUGAACCGAAAAAGGAUAAACAAGUUUAUACUAAAAGGAGAAAGACAGAAGGCCAGGAUGACUGUAAGCAAGAGGGAGUGUUUGAGUAUGAGGACGCAACUGUUCCAAAGAAAAGGGAGAAGACUUUGGCAGAGUUCAUUGCUGAGAAACGUUUAAGCAAAAGUAAUGGGAAGAAGAGAUCACAUGAAAAUGCGGUUGUGAAGCCGGAUGGUGAAAAGAAACGGAAGAUUGUGCAGUCUAAGCUUCCCAAGUCUGCUAAAAAGAUCAAGACCACCCUGCAGGCAGAAGAUUCAGGAUCUCCAAUUUCUCCCAAGAAUGAUCAAAAGAUUACACCAAAGAAAGCUAGAACAAGUUUUGGGAUUGGGGCAAGCAUAUUGAGAGUAGCAAACCAGAUGCAUAGUUCAACACCUACUGGUCUUGUACCUUGCAGUAAGAACAGUGGCAGUGGAAAAAGUCUCCAGAACAGACGUAAACCUGUAUCAUCUUCUGAAACCCCUAAUGGGAAAGCCAAUCCCAUAAGCAUAGGCAAACCACAAUCAGGCGAACUUGAACAUGCCGUUAAGGAAACAGCUAGUACUAACAUUGUGGAAGAGUCGAUGUUAAAGGAGUCCAGGGACUUGAAAGGCUCUUCUGAAGAACAGAUGGUAAAUGAAGAUGGGAAAGAAGCUGCAAAUGUUGUGGGUGAGAUGAGUACUGAUGACAGCAAUCUAACCAAGGAGAAAAUCACUGGCUCGGUUUUGAAAGAAGAAAUUGUCAACAAGAACUGCUCUGAAGGAUCUGUUGGUUGCAAGGAAGUUUCUCCUGCAGAGUAG